CGUGCAGUGAGUGAGAUAGUCACAUGAGAGGGCUGGAAAAAAAUUUGGUGAGAGGAAAUAUAAAGGGUCAGCUCUUGAUGUGGGGUUAUUCUGGCAGAGAAGAUUUUGAUAUCAUAUAACGCGGGAUACUUUGCAUCAGAAAGACAAUGGCUGAUUUUGACAAGGUUCUGUGUUGCUGGCCUGCAGUGGAGGCGGACUUCCCUGGUGUUGGGAACCUGGUUCUGACCCGUUUAUUCGAACAGUACCCAGCCACCCAGGCUAAGUUCACCAAAUUUGCCACCGUCCCUCAUAGUGAGCUGCCCAGUAAUAAGCUGGUUUCUGCCCACGGUGCAACCGUGCUAAAGAAACUUGGCGAACUGCUGAAUGCCAGAGGCAGCCACGGUGAUAUCAUCGCUGCUAUGGCUGAAACCCAUGCCAAUACUCACAAGGUCACAAUUCAAAACUUUAAGGACUUAACAGAAAUCAUUGUCAAUAUCAUGGCGGAGAAGGCCGGACUCAAUGGAGAGGGACAGGCAGCACUGCGGAGGAUUAUGACCAUUGUUAUCAACGACAUGGAGGCAAACUACAAAAAAAUUGGCUUCAAGGGUUAAUGUCUCACAAGUCAACAAGGGGAACAAAUGAUAACACAAGAAACUUCCCCACAGACAAAUUCUUUUUUUAGAUGAUUUUCUUCAUGAAUAAAUCACUGAAUACAGAAUCAUAGUGAAUCAUAAUUCCACAUGUUAUCAGCUAAAUCAGCUUCACAAAUGUAUGUGUCUUUGCUACUCAAUUACAUUCUGAUAUACCCUUUUGUUCUGCAACAAUCACGGUUCAUGGUGUUGAUGGUAUUGUAAGCGUUAUCAUCUUAAAUUACCAAUAAAAGUCUUUGUUGCUCAACUCUU